AUGGCAAAUACAGUGGAUGCGCCACAACAGCGGAUUCACGGGGUCCAGCCUGACUUCAAACAGCACAACGUGAACACCACGACUCUGGCGGAUGGCAACAGGUCGCCUCUCGACGACGACGAGAGAUCACGAUGGUGGCCAGAGCUCGAUACCAAGUCUGUCCAAACACAAAACGAUGAUGAUGUCUACAGUACCGGUCAGGAUACCAUUAACAGCAGUUCCGCAGCUGCCAGGACACCCAAAAGCCCCUGGGUCGUCACCACUUUAGCAGUAAGCACGCGCGGCGGUUCGCCUGCCUCGACGGGAUCUCGGGAGCGCGAUCAUCCGUGGAAGCCUUCACUGCUUCGCAUUGGGCCUAUGAGCGGUCUCUGCGUCAUGCUUGUGGCCGUUGGAAGCAUGCUGGCAAGCCUCGCCAUACUCCUAGGGUCGAACCAUGCGGCAGUCACGAGCUGGAAGGCGCCUCCCUCCACCUACCUGGCCAUCUGUACUGCCGUGGCCAAUCUGGAGAUCAGGUACGCAUGUGUCCAAGGUGUCGCCAUCGCAUGGUGGAGCAGAGCAUUGCGCGGUACGACUCUCGCGAGACUCCAUUAUGAUUGGCGAGCUGGUACCACCGUCGUGGGUGCAAUGGCCUCUGGGAGACGCAUGGGUCUGCUUGGACUUGCAUGCAUCUGCUCCGUACUUGUUGUAGCCAAUGCGCCUCUUCUACAGCGUGCAACAACGGUCGUGCCAGAGAGUCUCAUUGGAACCGUACCUCUGAACGUUACCAUCAGUCCCGAGAUUCCAACAGGCUACACAGGCUGGUGGAAUCGCGAUUGGGGGCGGUGGGAUCAGGCAUUUAACGACACUAUCCCGACAGCAACCGGCCACGCCUCGAACAAGCUGUACGCUCAGCUGUCUGCACACUUCCAAUACCAGCUGGGGUCCAAAUGGCUCUCGGAUGGGCCGUUGCGUGAUUUCAUACAUGGUUGCGACGGAGUGUGUAGAGCGAAGGUGAAAGCCCCGGCACUCUCGCCUGUUGCGUGCUCCUCCCGCACUUUGAAAAGCAAUUACUCCCUUCCGAUGUCUCAGAGGAUGGCAAAGGCGACGACCAAUGGACCAGCCGUGGACCUUGGGCAUAGACAGCUCAUCAUUGGACCCAGCCUCUUGAUCGACGACGAACACGAGACAUUGAACUUGUUCACUGGCCACGCAACAAUGGACGGAUGUGAGGGAACGUUCAAAUAUCGCGCCUGCACCUUCGCGUCCGCUGUUGGAGAGUACGACGUGACUAUCGACAACAACCGGGUGACCCUGGACCAGACACCGCCUCGAAUCGUCUCCUUCGCGAACAACGCGGCAAUGAACCAUACUUUGGAUAGUGGCAUGUACCAGUCGACCUUGGCUGGUAUUGUAACGCUCUUGCGUACGCAGUGGACUACCUCCUACGCUACUUAUGGAGAGGUAAACACGGGUCCAACGUCGAUGUCACAUGGCACCUCAUACAUGCAGUUCAUGAGGGCGGACCCUGUUUCUGCUUGCGGGGUCUCGUUUGACGAUCCCUACGACACCGUUGUGCAGAGCUUAAACUCCUUGAUGUUCCUUACUGGCAUGGUGGCCGGAAGAGAGGAUCCGUCGUUCCUCAGACACGCUUUGGACCCGGGGCUUGAAGUCAACACUACUACCACCGGGUAUCGACAGGGAGAGCACAAUGUCUACCGUAUCGACUUUGUCUUCUUUUUUGCUGCUGUGAUGGUGGAUCUGGUUUGCAUGGCGUUCAUCUUGCCGACUUACUGGGGUUGGUGGAGGAUUGGACGAUCGGCUUCGUUCUCGCCGUUGGAGCUUGCUGAGGCUUUCAACGCCCCCUUGCUGGCUGGCAGUGGUGCAAACAGCUCCGGGAGUCGAAUUACGACGACAUUGGGCGAUGUCCCUGUUCAAUACUAUCCUCCGGUUCAGGAUUUAGGGGGGCGUCCUGGCUUUGCUGUGGGCUAA